AUGAACGCGACCGGUCCAAACGUUGUGGCGUUCACUCAACUCACCAUAACGACUGAGUUCCACUCAUGCGCCGCGUUCUCUUGCUUGCUGUAUGAUUUCGUUCUGUCAAUGGAUGAUGAGAUUACGCUCAUUUGGAGAUCAGCUGAUACGAUUCCGAAAUUCCUAUACUUUGUCUCGAGAUAUCUUGGCCUAGCUGUGCAAGCCUUUCACGCUGUUUCCUGCAUAGUUAGCGAUCACAGCACGCUCUAUCCUUCGUUCAUUAAUGAGGUUGCUCCAGGAGAAAUUGCGGCCGUGUUCGCCAUGGACAUCACAGCAUUCCCGCAGUUCUACCACCUCGCCAUACAUUAUCCAUCCGAUUGGCCUGUUCGAGGCUGCUUCUAUCCAGAGGUUCUCAGCUUCUUCAAGAUUAGCCGCUUACAGCUGAUCGACCACGCAGGCUUCCUCUUCUGGGCUUCGAAAGAUACUCGUCACUCUUCUACUGUGUACCAUCGCGCCACAUGUCUCGAGCAUUUUCCUCGCGGAUUGGGCCGCUAUCUGGGUAUCCGCUAUACUCUCCUAUUCGGUCAGUCGUCCGUUCGCGAUGCCGCCAGCCCGCUCGACCUGACUAUGGGCCGCAGGGCUCGCAUUUCUUGCUCAACAUUCGAUCACUGGCCGCAGAACGUCGUUGUCCGCAAGUGA